CCUCCCCAGGAAGGACACCGGAGAUCACUGAGAAGUGGUCGAACAAGUGACUGAAACACUGUGGUUCAUUAGGCUACGCCCCAGCAGUGUAAAGGAGCGACUGUGAAAACGAAGUGUGCUGUUUUUUAUCGGAGCACUUCACAGAAUUCACGGGGCUAACUGUGCGUCCUUAAUGCGUCGUGAACAAUUUCAUAGGAAUAGAUAGGACGCCAUCUUUGAAGCCCUUAUCCAGUUUGGUAGUAGUUUACCGCUGCAUUCAUGUCGGGUUGGAAUUGUCGGAAAAUUUAGUUGCAUAUCUGGAAACUGUUAAAAAUAAUAAUAAUAAUAAAAGAUAGCUGACCAUGUAUCUGACUUUCUGACCAAGUUGACUUCAUGUUACUCUGAAAAUGACGGACGAAAUGAAGCACUGUAUUUAAAUUGUAAAUUACGUUUUGCUUAUUUAAUUUUUUAAUUUAUUUAAUAUUUACUUUACUAACACAUUAAAUGUAAGGUAUUACAUCAUAUCAUAACACAUGUACGUUUUCAUCUAUAAAACACACCAUAUCAAUUUAUUACAUUACGACAUAUAGUUCAAAUAUAUGCUACGUCGUUGAUAGAGCGACCUUCAAAACUCGGAAUUCCGAGAAUCCGAGGAGUACAUGAACAGAGCGCUGCAUCCACGGAUUGAGCGACAAAGCAGGAAGUAGGCAUGAAAUAGCACGGUAGCGAUGCACACGCGUCACACCUCGUACUUUUUAGAAGUUUAUUUAAACACAUUUCAGCCACUCAUUUUUAGUACAUAUGAGUUUGUCAAAGCUUGAGCUGUGUUGAUAAAUGUAUACGUGUUUGUUUUCCUCGUAAAGACCGGUUAAACGCAAAGCGCAGAUAACUUUCUCCAUCACAGUACGUAAUGAAACAGAUCGGCAACCCUUUUCUGAAACGUAACGCCGCACGCACUCUGUCGCAAUGCAGUUAACGUCUCCCUCCAACGGUUUACGUUAGUCAUCGCGAUGAGGGACAAGGCUGCGGGGUUUCGUGUUACUUUCUACUUGAAUGUGUCUGUUACAGACUGACAUCUACCGUGUUGGAGGAUGGAUCCUGUCGUCUUGAGCUUCAAGGACAGCCUGUUGCGGCGCUCUGAUGUGUCCUUACUCGAGGGACCUUAUUGGCUCAAUGACCAAGUCAUUGGUUUUGCUUUUGAAUAUUUCGCUGCUGAACGCUUCGGAGUCCUGGGAGACACCAUCACCUUCAUCAGCCCAGAGGUCACCCAGUUCAUCAAGUGUGCAUCCUGCUCCGAUGAGUUAGCCCUUUUUCUGGAGCCACUGGAUCUCGCUGCUCGCCACUGGGUCUUUCUCGCUGUUAACGACAACUCUAAUCAGACUGCUGGAGGGUCCCACUGGAGCCUCUUGGUCUAUCAUCACAAGUCCAACCACUUUUCCCAUUAUGACUCUCAAAACGGCAGCAAUUCUCUGCACGCACGGCGUAUCGCGAGCCAGCUCGAGCCUUUUCUGGGUGCAGGGAGAAAAGCUGAGUUUGUGGAGGAGCCCUGCCCGUCGCAGAAGAACAGUUAUGACUGUGGGAUGUAUGUUAUCUGUAUCGCCGAGGCCUUAUGUGAGAAGGUUAGAGUGGAGGGCUCACCACGCCUUCCUGUGCAGAUCAUCACUCCGGCCUACAUCACCCAGAAGAGGACUGAAUGGUGCAGACUGAUCCAGAGUCGAGCUCAGACUGAUCUCUGCUGCGCUCUGUCUUUUCCUUAGCACGUUGAUAUCUCCUCUUUUUAUGCAGUACAUAUCUACUCCUGAAGCAUCCGAAUGCACUCGUUGUAUACAACAUAACCAUACUGGAUGAAGUUUAUUUCUAUUACAGCCGACUGCAAAACAUUAAAAGCUUGAAAAGAUAAAGCAAUGUGGAACCUCUGAUGAGUAACUGAUUAUUUGGUGUCAUGUUUAUUCCUUGUAUUCGCACAGUAAAAUACAACAUUUAAACAAGAACACCAGCAUGCCUGAAAAAGGAAUGGACUCCCUUGUUCAUAUUUAGUGAGAAUAGAAAAUAUGUCAUUUUGUGGAGGAGGACGCACAGACUUUCCUUUUCUCUAUUCUAUCAGUUUGGAGCGAAUGUAGAAAUGUUUACACAGACAAUUGCUCAGGGUCAUUUGAAAUGAACUAGAAUUGACAAUAAGAAUGUGCAUCUUAACUUUGGCUCCUGCUUUAUUUCAGAUCUGAUGAAAUUCUGUUUCUCACUUUGAGCUUGAGUUUUGUGUCUACAAAUGCAAACCUUUUUCCUGCUGUACGAGGGUGAAACAUUCCCUGUGUGCUGUGAGUGUCGUUCUGACAAAGGGCAAUGCCGAGCACUGGAAUCUAUGUUUUGUUCUCAAAAGGAGAAAGUAUUGAACUCAUCGUCUUCUGCUAAUAAAAACUUACUGUCACAUUUUUGGUGACCAAAGUU